UUUUUCAUCCUAACUGAAUUUCGGGCAUAAACUCUACACUACAUGUAUAUGAUUCGAUAAACUAAAAUGUUAUGCCUAAAAACUUCAUGUAUUACCUGAUUCAGCUACAGCAGAUGCAGAUGCAGACAAUAAGUAGUUAAAGAAGAAACUGUUUGCUAAAUUUGAUUUUUCCGCUCCCAUACUCGCAGAUUUACCCAGAAUGCAACGCAAAAUGAGUUCCGGUGAAAAUGUUUCUGUGCAUGGAUUCACAGUUCUUCCUGUGAAGUUUGAUGAGAAGUCUGAUGGAUUUCACCAGUUAUUUCUUAAAGAACACAGUGUGAGAGAAACACACAAAAGUAAACCUACAAAACGCACACUAUUUGUACUGAAUGUGCCACCAUACUGUAACGAGGAAUGUCUUAAGAGACUCUUCACAGUGGAGGAUUGUGGCAAAGUGGAAGAUGUCAUACUACAGAAGAAACCCUCUUCCACAGCAAAGCCCAAAGAGGAAUCAACAUUUUUUAGAACUGGAGAACUCAUAAAGGGAUUCAAGGUUGCUUAUGUGGUGUUCAGAAAAGAAAAUGCAGUACAGAAGGCAAUCAAACUGCCUUAUGGCAAACCAAGAAUCUUAUCAACACCCGAUGCCCCCAUACUCACAGGAAUGAAAAAAUGGUGCCAGGAAUACAAAGACAGGACUAUGGAUAUACCAGGCCUCCAGAAGGAAAUAGACUUAUAUAUGGAGGAAUUUGACAGGAAGCAAAAGGAGGAGGAGGAGCGACUGCAGAGUCAGGAAGGUGUGCCUGAUGAAGAUGGUUGGGUGACUGUCACCAAGUUUGGCAAAAAUAAAGGCAUCCCUAGGACUGAGGUUCAAGAAAAGCGGAUCACAGAUAAGGAGAGGAAAAAGAGGAAAGAUAAGGAGCUGUUGAAUUUCUACUCAUUCCAAAUGCGAGAAUCAAAGAGAGAACAUUUAGCAACAUUGAGACAAAAGUUUGAGGAAGAUAAACAGAGAAUAGCAAUGAUGAAGGCUUCUCGCAAGUUCAAACCUUACUGA